CUUUUCUCCCGACUGACUAUUCCCGGAAGCUACGUGCGCGAUACUUAUAAAGGGGACCAAUGGAUUUUACAAUCAUUUCAAACUUCGUAACUUCGAGUUAACAACUUUUACUACUACUUUAUUAGUGAAGCACUCAAAUACUAGAUAACUAAGAUGAAAUCAUCAAUUUCAAUUGCCAGUAUAAUUGUUUGUAUAAUUGUAUACGUUGCCGCGGACUGCUAUCAAGAAGCUGGUUGCUCAAAUUCACACGGGAACGAUAAAAUUUAUAAAGUUGGGCAAAGAUGGAGACCAGAUUCAGUUUCAUGUUAUACUUGUAAAUGCAUAUCAACAAAGAAGUUUGUGCUGGCAUGCCUUGAAGCCGUUAAUAAGAAACCAAACUUAUCGGUUAAAAAGAGCCAGAUGUCUGCAAGAUUCGAAUCUCCUGUAACUUAUACUCCAGAUGAAGAUAUUGAAAUACCAAGAGAAGAAGCGAAUACAAAAGAAUGUUCUCCGACUAGAGCACCAAUCUAUAACUGGGCUACCGGUACUUUUGAACCGAUCACGUAUAAGAUGGUUUACUAUUACUACACAGAGAAGAAAUCGAGGUGUUGCAGCCGAUUCAUGAAUUUCACAAACGUUCAUCCUUCGUGCAAAGUCGUCAAAAUCAACAAAUGCAGAUCCAUCGUUGUAAGAAGAGACAACCCAAACGAAAGAUGCAACAGGGCAAUGUCACUUAUCGGUUGAAAAGCUAAUUAAGUCUUUAUUUUCUUUGGUGCACGACAAGACACACGACAUUCAAUCAUUACAUAUACAAUUUUGAGUGUCCAAACAUCCCUAACGAAGACAUGGCUCAAUCCUGAUAUCAAUAGUUUUAUAUUAAGAAAGCAAUCGAUAUUAGUAUAAGACGGCAAUUUACAUAAUAAACCCUGUGCUAUAAUGUCAUUCGUUUCCAGUGUUUCGUUCUGAGAUUUUAAUACAGAAGUUGAUUACUUAUAAUAUAAUCUGCCUCUAGAAUAUGAAUACAAUAUAUAUUUAAUUAUUUUUAUGAUGUUACUAGCUUUUUUAAUGUUUUGAUUUUUAUUGCAUUCUUAUUUAUUACUGCGUUUGAAAAAUAUAUGCAAUGAAUUCUAAUUUGUCUUGUAUAAAUAAACGUUUUAAAAAUGAG